GAUGAGCAGGCUGGCAGCACUUCUUGAGCAGAAGCUCACGGGAUUGCAUAGCUAUUUCGGCCAGGCCAACUGCUUCUCGGCGCCGGGUUCGCCGCAGUUUUCGGUGAGUACCGCCUACGGAGCAACGACGUUGGCGGCGACGACGUUGGAGAGCGACAGCUUUGAAGAAGAGCAGCUCAGCGCUGCCGUGCUUCGGAAUGACUUGAGCAUGCCCAAGGUGCCAAAGGAAGAUUUGACCAUUGAGACGGUGUGUGGGUCCUCGGCUCCGAGAUCUCUCCCUCGCAGCGGCACCUUCGAGGCGGCAGCCCGUCCAAGCGCGAGCUUGUCCGCGCCCGCGAAUGUGGGCCGCUUCGAGCCGUUGAGCACUCUGAAAGACGAAUUCAAGUUCAACAAGAGCUUCGGCGCAAAGGUGGACUGCCUCAUGAAGCUUCAGUACAAAGGUUGGAGAAGAAUUCGUGGAGACGGAAACUGCUUCUAUCGCGCGGUGGGCUUUGGGCUCCUCGAGCAGAUCAUCUCGUCGCCGGAAGCUCCUCGCCGUGCUGGCGCGCGUGCGCUGGUGAUGAAGUUGAAGGACCUUCACUUCCAUGCGCCCGAAGAAGAGGAAGGCCACCAGCAACUGGUCGACUGCGUGGCUCGUUUGGCCAGUGGCCUCCCGUGGCAGGAUGGGCCAGGAGAUCUGUUGGCCAGCUUCGAAGAUUGCUCCCCCACAGCGAUCGACCAGUCGUGCAUCCGAGCCAUUCGGGCCUUGACGGCCCAGUGCCUCCUGGAGCGCGCGGACGACGAGAGCUUCUGCAACGGACUCUCCUUCCGCCUGCUCUGCGAGGUCCAAGGUCUGGGAUCCCCGGAGGACUUCUGCAAGACGGUCAUCCUGCCGAUGGGCAUCGAGGCCGAAUCCGUAGUGAUGAAUGCUUUAGUAUCUGCGUUGGAGAUUGACCUGAAGCUGGCCUUGCUCGACAGGACGGAGCAGUCUGGCUUGGUCGUCGAAGAAUUCAAGCCACCGCGAGGUUCAGGCUCUCCAGAGGAGGAGCGCUUCACGGUGCAUGUGCAGCUGAGGCCGGGCCAUUAUGACCUCCUUUACUUGGAGCCGGUGCACGAGCCAACCAAAGCGCGGCGUGCCACUAUCGAAUGCUCUGGUGGCUAUGGCACCUUGAGCCCAAAUGCUUCCUUGGGUGCCCACACCUUGGAACCCUUCCGCCUGUGA